CCGGACGAGCGCGGCCAUGGCGCUCCUGCUCUCGGCGCUGCGCGUCCUGCUGGGAGGCUUCUUCGCGCUCACGGGGGCGGUCAAGCUCUCGGAGCAGAUCUCAACUCCUGCGUCGGAGCAGAUGAAAGCCCUGUUCGUGCAGUUUGCUGAGGUGUUCCCGUUGAAAGUGUUUGGCUACCAGCCAGAUCCAGUGAGCUACCAAACAGCUGUGGGCUGGCUGGAACUGCUGGCUGGGGUGCUGCUGGUCACCGGCCCACCGAUGCUGCAAAAGAUCAGUAACUUGUUCUUGAUCCUGCUCAUGAUGGCAGGUCCAGGCCAAUUUCCAACCCACCAGCCCUGGAGCAUGUGGUCAUUGCCCUAACCACUGAGCUAGGGUACCUAGCUACCUAUGUGUUUUUAUUUUUUUAUUAUUUGAUUUGAUUUUAUUUUUUUGAGACAGAGCCUCAAGGUGUCGCCUUCGGUAGAGUGCUGUAGCAUCACAGCUCACAGCAACCUCCAACUCUUGGGCUCAAGUGAUUCUCCUGCCUCCACCUCCCAAGUAGCUGGGACUACAGGCGCCGCCACAAUGCCCAGCUAUUUUUUGGUUGCAGCUGUGGUUGUUCGGUGGGUCCGGGCUGGAUUCAAACCCAUCAGCUCAGGUGUAUGUGGCUGGUGCCUUAGCCGUUUGAGCCACAGGCGCUGAGCCUGUCUAUGCAUUUUUAACCCAGUCCUGAUGGGUGUCUCCUGAUGCUGUUGCUGGAUUCCUCUAUUUCUGCCAUUCCUGUCUACUGUGCCAAGACUUGGUGGGCACUAAACUGGAGAUCUAACUGGCUAUGAACUGGGACAGGGAUUGGCUGGGAUUUACUGCCUUUAGACUCUUUCGCAAGGUGCAAAUCCCUGCCAGGGGCUCUGGCUACCAGCACUUUCCCUUCUCCUGUGGUUUGACGACUUAGCAGUCUGCUUCUGCUGGGGAAAGGAAUCGUAUGUUCUCCUUAGGCCAUGUUAUGGGGACCAACAGCGAGACUGCUUGGGUCUCAAGGAGUUAGAGCUUGAUGAGUUAGAGCAGCACUCUGCUCAGGUUGCCAAGUCAUGAAGGGUUAUGUCUUACCUACCUGCAGGCCCCAUUGCUGAGUUUGCAUUUUAAUGAUAAACUUGGUAAAUUCCUUCUUUGCUUCAUAAAUUACUUUUCAUUGGUCCAUAUUCAUUUUUUAACUUUUUUUCUUUUACAGUUCAAAAAUAAUGCAUGUUCAUAAAAGUAAAUAUCAAGCAGUAGAGAAAAAUCUAAGAUAGAAAGUAAAGGUCCCCCAGGUAGCCACUGUUCUUUUUGUGUGUCUAGCUUUCCAACAAAAUGUUUAUUUUUUCUAGUACGAAUACAUGUAUAGUCAAUUUCCUUCAAAAACCUACAAACAGGAUAGUACUGGAAAGCUUUUCUGCCAUUUGCUUUUCUCAUUUAUUUUAUCUUGUACAUCUACCAGAUCUACUAUUCUUUUCAACGGAUGCAAAGUAUUUAUUUUACUCAAUUGGUACUCUGUUGAUGAGCAGUUGUUUCCAUUAUUUUACUGUUAUAAACAAUGCUGCAAUAAAUGUUCUUGUUCACAAACCUUUGCACACUUGUAA